AUGGCCAGCAAAACGAUCGCCCUUCUAGUCAUUUUUAGCUUAAUUAGUCAAUCACUUCAAUCUCUAGACAACAAUGAAAUAGAAGUAGAAACUGAUCCUUACAAGGAAGCCGCCGAUGAUAUAAGAAAGGAGCAGAAGGCCCAAACUCUCGGCGCCAUGUUCCAAAACGCCAUGGAGAACGAUGGAGAAAACCUCAUCGGUAAUUUCCUCUCCCAAUUCGGCAAAGAAAACGCCGGGCAAUUACUCCAAGGCCUCGGCUCCGUGCUCAACUCGCAAAACGAUAACAAAGAAUCCGAUUCCCCGAACAUCAUCGAAAGCAUCGGCAGCAUCAUGUCGAACAUGCAAAACAACAACGACGACACAACAGCGAAUUUACUGCAAGGCCUAGGCGGCUUGUUAAACCAAGGAGGCGGCAACGCCGCCUUGCUACAAGGACUCGGCUCGCUCCUCAACCAAGGAGACAACAAGAACAAGCAAGGAGAAGGAACCGCCGCUCUGCUGCAAACCCUCGGCACGCUCUUCGCCCAAGGCUCCGGCGGGAAGAAGGAAGGAGGCGGCGCCGCCCUGCUGCAAGGCCUCGGCUCGCUGCUCUCCUCCGGCCAAGGAGGAAUCGAUCCGCAACUGAUCGGAUCCGUUUUAAACGCGUUCUCCGACCAAGGCGGCGAGAAAGCCAAAGAAGCGCCGCAGAAGCCGCGCAAAACCGACGAGGACUUCAACAUGGACGACCUCCUCACCUUGGCGGGAAGCUUCCUGGGCUCCAAGGACCAGAAGAACAAGCAGGGAAAGAACGCCAACUUCCUGUCGAUGCUGCCCGGCAUCCUGCAGACGAUCAACACGUUCAUGGGGCCGGAGGCGGACGAGCGCGCGAAGGGCCACGAGGGGCACUCGUGGCUGAUGCCGCCGCUGCUGGAGAAGUUCCACGUGCUGUUCGAUCACUUCGUGCACUCGGAGAUCGGGAAGCAGACGAUCGCCGCCAUCGGCGCCGAGAAGUCCUUCAAGGUGUUCAUGGACGAGAACGGGCGCUUCAACUACAGGAAGUUCGGCGAGCUGAUGGAGAACCUCUCCUACAGGCGGCAGUGGAUCAGGAUCGUCACCGAUAGGAUAGCGGAGUUUAUCAAGUACGCCGCCCAACCGAAGGUUUACAAAUCGUACGUCAUGGGUGGCCAGUUGUUCUUCAACUCCUACAUAAAAAGCCUAGGUUUCCCGAAAUCCACGCACUUCGACUCGUCCAGGCCGGUGGAAACGAUAUCAGCGUUCGUGAAUUACGUAGGGAAAAAAUACUUCGAAGUGAAAAUCAACGCGAAGGAGCACGUUAAACCCGCCGUCAUCUACAUAACGGAAUUAAUGCGAUUAGCCGAAGCGAGCGGGACGAUGAAGAGCCUCAGCAACUCCAAAGAACUAUCGGAUAAGCUAGCGGAUACCAUCAACUUGGAAGUUAUAGAACCUUUGGUUAGGGUAAACAGAGCUUACAGGUUCUGUAAGGCCGUACCCAAAUGUACUAGGUACGUUCUUUGUUUGGUAAAUCACGAAAGUGAAAAUCCAGCAGGAGAGAGUUUGCCUGGAUUAAAGAAGGGAUUGUACAGGGCGUCGAGUUUAGCAGCUGGAUGGUUCCUGAGCGGCGAGACUGGGGUACCGUUUUGGACUUUAUACGUUGAUAUUACAAACAAAGCGGAUUGCAAGAAAUUGUACUUCGAAGAAUGCAACGAGUUCCACGUUGAAGAAUUGAGAGUGACGACUGAAUAUGUUCAUAAUGAAUUGUAA